CAAGUGGGCGAGCCUGUAGGCCCCUGUGCACACCACCCCUUUCGAGUCUGCCGGCCGACCCUUGUACUCGGGCACGCGCGCCGGACAGUGCAACCUCGGGAGUGAUAAGCAGCAAAUCGUGCCCCCCAAAGCCCUCACGAGAGCCUCACUCUCCUCAUCCUAUAUACACACUUUCAGUCUCUACCCAGAAUUUAAUUUCAUACCUGGCCAUACAGACAAUAUUCGGAGCCUAACCGCACACUGAUACAUAUGUUUCAAGGGAAGAAGGUAUCCCUGCAACUGAUACUGGGAAAAAAUUUCACCCGAGGGCACAUCCGUCCUGUGUGGCGUUUGGCGGCAUUUUGGCCGGGCUUGCUUUCAGAAAGCCUCAAGCUCUCACCAUGGACUCUGUGACCUCAGCAAAUGCCAUCGCCAAGAGGGCUCAUUACUCCCCUCCGUGGGCUGAUGUGUCCCUGGUCGGCAUAGCUGGUAGCUCAGGCUCGGGCAAGUCGACCUUGUCGAGGGCCAUCGUCAACAAACUGAACCUGCCAUGGGUUGUGAUUCUGUCCAUGGACUCUUUCUACAAGAGUUUAGACGCCGAGUCGUCCAGAAAGGCAUUUCUCAACGAGUAUGACUUUGACUCUCCAGAUGCCAUUGAUUUUGACAAAUUGGUGGAAUGCCUUCGCGACCUCAAGGCUGGAAAACGAGCCGAAAUCCCUAUUUAUUCGUUUGAGAAACAUGCCCGAGUAGACAAGACCACUGCCAUCUACUCUCCCCACGUGCUGGUGGUGGAGGGGAUUUUCGCCCUUCACGACCCAAGAGUGCUGGAGCUGCUGGAUAUGAAGAUUUACUGCGAGGCCGACGCGGACACCUGUUUGUCGCGAAGAAUAUUACGCGAUGUUGAAUGCCGGGGGAGGACUGUGGAGGGUGUGAUCAAGCAGUGGUUCAUGUGGGUGAAACCAAACUUCGAGAACUAUGUCGAUCCGCAGCGGAAGAAUGCGGAUGUUAUCGUGCCGACGCGGGUUGAGAAUACCGUCGCAAUCGACAUGGUGGUCCAGUCCGUCCAGCAAAAGCUCGUUGAGAAAUCCCGGCACCACCGGGCCGCCCUUCACCAGCUCGAAGUCCAAGCCCAGUCUGAGCCCCUUAGCGAAAAGGUGGUAGUACUCAAAGCGACGGCGCAGCUCAAAGGCAUGAACACAAUCAUUAGAGAUAUUGACACAUCGCCCGAGGACUUCAUAUUCUACUUCGACCGACUGGCUACUCUCAUAAUUGAGCAAGCAAUGAACAACGUGCGGUUUGCAUCCACGACCGUGGAAACUCCGCAAGGUUACCACUACCGGGGCCUCGCUCCGGAAGGUGAAGUAUCAGCAGUCGUGUUGCUGCGAGGUGGCGCGGCUCUGGAAACAGGGCUCAAGCGGGUGAUCCCAGAUUGCAAGUCCGGGCGGAUCCUCAUCCAGUCGAGCAUACGCACAGGCGAGCCGGAACUGCACUACAGCCAGCUUCCCAGGGAUAUCAAGACCCACGAGAGUGUUCUCCUGCUCGACGCGCAGAUGUCUUCUGGCGGAUCGGCGUUGAUGGCAGUUCAGGUCCUCGUUGACCACGGAGUGGCUCAAGACAGAAUUGUUUUCGCUACGUACUCGGCAGGUCGCAUGGGGCUACACCGACUAACGUCCGUUUUCCCCGACAUCACGGUCGUUGUCUGCAAUAUGAUUCCCGACAUCGAGGACAGAUGGGUGGAGAAGAGGUACUUCAGGUGCUAAUCGUGGUGGCCGAUGGCUACUUCACCAAGAGAGGGAAGGAAUAUUGCAUAGCGAGGUUGGGAUAUAUACAUACUUGAAUAACUAGCAUAGUUUCAUUUGGCCUUUGGCAGUGGAUCCGGUACCAGAGUGCUUUGUGUGUAGGUGUGACGGCAGUUCUGAGGUAGGCACUGUGUUUGUUGUGCGAUGGGACCCUGCCCAACUGUGGGCAUUGUGCUACAACGUUUGGAUCUUCGAUUCAUGUCACCCUUCCAUGGGGUAGUGGUCUGCAACCCCGACGAGUUCGCGGAUCCAAGCUAACGGUAACGAACGGGCUGGCCGGUCUGGUUGGCUCUACUACAGAAUUCGUGCGGCCGAGACCAAGGCCGAUGGGCGCGAGGGGGCGAUGCCUGGUCAAAGCUCUCCGAGGGGGCCGAUUGGCCUUGUUCUUGCCUUCCCACAGUCAGGAAAUCGCGCAUGUUCUGGGCCAUCUCGGACUCUCGGCCAUGUUGACCUUCGAAAAGACUCGAGCCGAA